UUGUGCUCUGGAUUCCUCCGACUUGUUCGCCUCUCCCGUCGCUAGUAAAACAAUAAUACCUUUCUCAAACUUGAUUUGCCCAGUUUGCUAUUGUAGCUUCCCUGGCUUAGUUUCCAAAUUUCCAGAGUUUCUUUCCUGAAGAACUUUUGCUUUUUUGAUUGCACCUCGACGUUGGCGAUUGUCAAUACCGGAAUCUGAUUGGAUAAGGUGGUUGUUUUUGUUGUAAAGCGAGGAAAAACACGGAAGUUGGUGACUGUUAAAAGAUAAAUUCUCCAAUUACAUAUUUAUUAACACUUUUUCUAACUUAAUUAAUGUCAAGCGCGUUUGGUCGAAGUAGUAACAAUUGGAAUUAUUCGAAAUAACGAUCGAUACCGCCGGCCUGUUUUGAAAAGCCAAUACUUGAAACAACUUAUCGCAGAAAAACAUGUCACAUUUCGCGAUUCAAUUUACUCAAAUAAAUCUCAGAUCCUAGAAUAUUAUACCUCAUAAUUUUCCACUUUGCACCAAAGUUUAAGCAAAUUUUCCCCGCUAGUUGCAGAAAACUCUAGCAGACAAAUCUUAAUCAAAAAUAAAACGAAAACAACAAGGCCCAUUUUGCCGCUCAGCACCCGAAAACAUCAAUUUAAUGAGAUUGAAAAUUUAAUUUUGUUACUCUAAUUUUUCCUUUUAGAGCAAAAUUUUCGUAAAAGGUGUUGAAAUAAUUUGAAAAAUUCGCUUGUUUAUUUAUCAGUUUGCAGCCAGUAUAAAACUCUGAGAGUAUUUGGAAAAAAGGAAGAAGAUAUCUCCCUAAUCAGCCCAAAUUUUCAAUGGUUAUCAACAGUAGCUCGUUCUACAAACCAGUACUUAGUCUAACGGGACACCCAAUUCUGGAUUUACAGCAGCACAGUAACAUCUCCUCGAACUCAUUCGUAGCGCCGGGUGCCAGCCUGAGUACUAACCCUUUCUGUCUGCCCAGUUCGGGGGCAGCAGGGGGAGGAGGGGGAACAGCAGUGGCGCCCUAUUGGAGUCCGGCCCUGAUUGCAAGCGCGACCAAUCACAGCUUGAAGUCAGAUGUCGAGAUGAGCAAAAUCGGAGUUGAGAUCUCAGAAGAGAAACUACAAGACAAACAACUUAGUCCACUUCUCAAGUCAGAAGGUGGUGCUACCCUGGACCGCUCACGGGACCAUCAGACAGGGGAGGGUGAUGAAUUUGAGGGGGAGGAAGAUUUUGAGGACAGUGAUUCUAUAGGAGGAGACGGGGGUUCCACUCGCAGCCGGAAAAAGAGACGCAACCGGACUACAUUCACACAGGGUCAGCUGGAGGAGAUGGAAAGGAUCUUCCAGAAGACACACUACCCAGAUGUCUAUGUGAGGGAACAGCUGGCACUCAAGUGCGACCUCACAGAGGCCAGAGUACAGGUUUGGUUUCAAAACCGGAGAGCGAAGUGGCGUAAAAAGGAGAAACACCAGCAGCUGCGUUCUGGCUUCCACUCUUCGGGAGGUGGAGGGGGGACUCCUUUCAAUCCUGGCGGAGGUAACGCAGUCGCAGAAGCCUCUCUCGCAGCUCAUCGCAACGAUGUCAUCACUCAACAGCUUUCAAGUACGUGGCCUUACAGCGGCGCCUCCGGAGCAGCGCCUGGACAUCUGGCGGGUGCAGCGGGAAGCACUCUUCUGGGCGGAAACAGCGCCAACCCCUACUCUUCCCUCUCGGCUUCUGCCGCCUCCAACCCCCACCAACAGGCACAGGCCGCAGCAGCCUCCUUCUUCCCCAACUAUAUCAUGGCCGCCCAACAGGUGGCAGUUGCCGGUUACGGAUGUCUCCCUCAGAGUUCCGUCGCGCAGCAGAUGGGAUCUAACUCGAUGGUCCCUGGAUCCCAGUUCACGCCUUCAAAUCAAACGCCACAAUUCCCAGGAAUGUCGUUUUUGGGCAGCGGUGCAUUCGCCCACCCGUCUUUGAUGUCAGCAGCGGCCGCCUCUUCAUUCUUCUCCUCCCCCGCAGGCGCUGCCUCCGCCCAAAACACUGCCAACGCCCAUUCUGCCACGCCCUCAGAUCUGUUCACGACGGGGGGAAGUGCAGCAACUUCCGUUCCUAUGAACAACUUGGACCCCAGAAAUAGCUUUGCAAAUUUCAGAUUCAAUCAACAUAAAUCCUUGGACGGACGAUGGUAAACACAAAAAAAAAGACUGCGAAAAAACUACUUAUUUAAAACAUCAAUAUUAUCAUUUGGGGAGAAAAUAACUUUUAAUUAACUUUAGAUGUAA